UGCGCAUUGGUUCCUCGUCUGGACCCUCCCGGAGCUCUUCCGGGUGUGGAUAACCCACAUUUCCUUCUGCCCACACGCAUUCCCAAGAAAACAUCCUGGAUAACUGGCCGAGCUGCGUGGGAGUGCAAACCAACGAAUGAAACAGAACACUCGAGCUGGCAGCCAGAUAGUUCGCGAAGACACACACAGGACAUGUUUGACGACCGACGGUGGGAACCGUGGAAUAUUUGAGAUGUCAGCGCAUCAUUUCCAAACACCAUUAGUCAGCCAGCUGUUGUUCACAUUUCGAGUUUGCAGACCUUCUCUGUACUAAAUCUUUUCACUAUACAAGACGUUAAGCAAGCAGUUUAAAUAGGGAAACAAUAUGUGGCGAUAUACUUUGGCUAUUGCUCUCAUUGUCAUUGCGCAUUAUGUCAACGGAGAGCCACAAACGCGUCCAUCCUCAGCGAUGCAGCUGAAUUCGACAUUACCCCCUCAAGAAGAAAAUUCAUCACAUAAUGCAACAGAUGCAGCGGUUGGAUCUCGUAUUUCUACCAUUUUAAGGGAUCUUCCUACCAUCAAAAGCAUUUCGAUUUUCAUCUGCGUAUUAACAGUCUUGCUAAUCACGUGCCUUGUCAUAAAAAUAUUCAGAUCGGCAAAGAAGAUCAGAAAAACGCGCAAGUAUGACAUCAUCACAACUCCCGCCGAGCAUGUAGAGAUGGCGCCUUUAAAUGAAGAAAAUGACGAAGACGACGACUCGACCCUGUUCGAUGUAAAGUACAGGUGA